AGGGUUCCCUGUCAUCUGUAACAUCAUAUUUCUGUUAAGAAGCCUAUAAUUGGCUAUAGUCAUUCCAAUUAUGACGUCUUCAGAGAAACAAGGAGAGGAACUUAAUAUGAUCUUCCUUUAUCCAUGAGGUGGCUGUGAAAAGUCUGCCAUAGGAGGAGGAGGCUGUCCCCAUAGAACUGCUAGUACCACUGGCCCUGCAUCUCCCUACUGGCCUGGCAUGAGCCAUAUAUGCAUCAGGACUAAGUCUGAAUGUGUGUGGUAAGAGCACUCCAGCUCUCAGCCCUCUUGUGUCAGCAUUGUGCUCUCUUGUCUUGCCUGCAGUGGGCUUGACCAUGGGUCAGCACUUAGACUUUUGCAAAGGGAUCUUUUGCUCUCGUGUUUCUUCCUCAGAGCUGGGGGAAGGGGGGAAAUUUAUCCAAGUCUGUGUCUGACUUAGAUGGUGGUUCUCAGGCCGAGCUUCCUGAUCAUGCCUAGCUCUUACAGUGUUUGAAGCUGUACAUACAAGAAACAGGUUGCAGAGCUACAGGGAGCUGCUUGCAUAGCAAGUGAUUAUGUUGGCUUGGAUGGAGAGUGUCUGGGAAUGACCCAACAACUCUGCGUGUGGUUGCUGCUUGCAGGUGGGGCCACCCAUGUGUGCUGAUGCUCUGUGACUGGGUGAGUGAGAAUCUUUCCUUAUUGUUACUGUUCUAAUCACUCAUGUGGAUUAAGUUGGCAUGCUGUCAGUUAUGCUAGGUGUUUAUGCUCUUGACAACUCUUGAGCUGGUUGAAUGUCACAGGGGUGGGAAAGCCUCUCUCCUACCUCCCAGCUAAGAGGCUGUGAUUUCUAAUCCCUGCCGUUCCACUGCAGGUUGGCUUGGAGAUGGAUAGAACAUGGUGUAAGGAAGGAUGGUGAUAAUUUAUGGGAUGGGAUUGUUAACCAGGCACCAGGACCCUCUUAGUUUCUUUAAUUCUUACCUGCAUUUCAGUGUGAAUAAUCGAUGGUCUUUGAUGUAAACCUUCCAUCCAAAGGACAGUGUUUCUAACAAUGUAACACCCCAUGGGGAAUUUCUUGGCCUCGAAGCCCUGGACGUCACAGAUUCAUUUGCUGUCCAGCCAAAGGGUAGUGGUAAAUGGUUGGCCACACUUUUUUCUAAUGGUAGUAGCUGCAAUGCUGAGACUUUGGUCAGAUCUUAUUAUAGCAUGACCUCUGGUUGCUAACAAGCAGUUGGACUGCAUUUGUAGCAUUAUCCAGAGUGAAACUGCAUGCUGGUUAAUUGGCUGUUUUCAUGUGUCCUUCCAGCACACUUCAAGGCACAACACAGCCAGCAUACGGAAGAUGCUGCCAAAGACAAAGGGGAGAAACGGUUUUCAUAUGAGAAGAACGAGACACAGACAGUCUUCUACCAUGAAGACGGGCACCCUGCUCUUCUUGUUGGAGGAAAGGACAAGCUUUAUUAUUUUGACUUUGAAAACUCAGGCAACUAUACGGAGGACUUCUUCCCUGGAAAACCAUCAGAACACUGUGAUGACCAAGCCAAUUACCUCACAUUCAUUGACAAGGUCAAUGAUGGGAUUCUAGUGUGUGGGACAAACUCCUGCCAACCCACCUGCUGGCACUGGGAAAAUCAUCAGAAGAGCUUUGCAGGAGACGGGAGGGGUUUGGCUCCUUUUACUCCUAGUCAGAAUGCCCUCGUCCUUGUUGAUGGCACAGACAUCUACUCCACCCACAAGAAGCACCUGUACAAUGGGAAAAUACCCCGUUUCCGCCGGGCCCGAGGGUCUGGGGAGCUGUACACCAGUGACACAGCAAUGCAGAACCCGCAGUUUGUCAAGGGCGCUGUCAUCCAGCGAGAUACACCCUACGAUGGCAAAAUCUACUAUUUCUUUCGGGAGGACAACCCCGACAAGAGCCCCGAGGCACCAUUACUGGUCUCCAGAGUGGCACAGCUGUGUAAGGGAGACAGAGGGGGCAGUGGUUCCCUCUCUUCUUCCAAGUGGACAACUUUCCUGAAGUCCACGCUGGCCUGUGUUGAUCCAGCCACCAAGGGGAACUUCAACAGCCUGCAGGACAUCUUCAUUGUCCCUUCAGAAGAAACCUGGAAGGAAACAAGAGUCUACGGACUCUUCACAAACUCCUGGGGGGACUCUGCUGUGUGCAUCUACUCCAUCGGUGAGAUUGACCGCGUGUUCCAGACAUCAAAACUCAAAGGCUACAAUGAGCCCCUCCCAAGUUUCCGGCCUGGACAGUGUUCUUCAGAAAGAACUCCUUCCGAGACCUUCAGAAUAGCCGACGGUUACCCUGAGGUGGAGGACAAAGUACAGCCCAUCAACCAGAAGAAGGCACCCUUAUUCCACAACAAGUACCACUACAAGAAAAUUGGGGUGCAUGAGGUCCAGGCAGCGGAUGGCGAAACGUAUAACGUUCUGUAUUUAGUGACAGACAAAGGAUAUAUCCACAAAAUGGUGGAGAUGCCACAUGGUGUCCUGAACAUCAUGGAGAUCCAGCCCUUUCAGAACAGAGUUCCUGUCCAGUCCAUGACCCUGGAUCACAUAAGGGCCAAGCUAUACUUGGGCUCAGACACCGAGGUGGUCCAGGUGCCCAUGGACAUGUGCGAAAUGUAUGGCAACAGCUGUGAUGAGUGUGUCCUAGCAAGGGACCCUUACUGCGGAUGGAGAUCUGGGAAAUGCACCUCGGUGUAUAGCAAUUGGUCGUUGCUACAAAAUAUCUCUACAGAAUCAUCCCAGGAAGUAUGCCCCAGCUACAAGAAACAGGAAGGAGAUAGCCGCGAGAGCUACCAUAACGUCACAGUGGCAGUCUUCUCACGGUACUACCUUCGCUGCCCCGUGGAAUCCCACUAUGCUACAUACAAGUGGUUUCACAAUGACAACUGUGUCCAGACCUGCAACACCACCCACCAUCCCUGCAUCCACUUCAUUGAGAACGUGACCCAGGACCAGUAUGGCUGCUACAUUUGUGUGUCGGAGGAGGGCGGGUACACGCAGACUCUUGUGAAGGAAUGCAUGGUGAAACAACCAGAAUUCAUGAGGCUGCAAUGGAAUCGGGCCACCACAACUUCCUGCUGCUCCUUGAUGCUGUUGAUGGUUUUUGUCCUGCUGUUCUUAAGGGACUGAGCUGUGUCCUCACCUACACGUGAUGACUCCCUUCUUGAGCUGCUGUUGAGCUCCUUGACUUCUGUCUUGCAAUUCACCUGUAACAGAGAUGCACUUCUUUCAUUAGUUGCUCUUUGAACAUUAAUCUUAGUACUUUUCAGCCCUUUUCAAUGGAGACUGAAUGUGGUAGCCCUCCUACCCUAGGGGGCUGCCCCUACAGUCUACACCCCUCCUCUCCAUCCAUGGCAGAACUGUGGAAGGGAGGACGUUUAACAAAGGACUUCCCUCUAGGUUCCAUGUAUGAAGGGAGAUGAUGUUCCCAAAGAGAGAGAGAGAGAGGAGGCAGCAUGUGACCAUCACUAGAAAGUAACAGAGUUAUAGUCUGGGAAGGCAAGAGGGGCAGUGGGAAAAUAAGCCAGGCAGCAAGGAAGGUGGGUGGGAGGGGGUUGGGGGUUGGGAGAGGCAGCUUAGACAGGAUGGGGAGGGGGGGUGGGAGGGACAUUCAAGAAAUAAGGAUUUUUUAUUAUUAUAAUUAUUACUAUUUUACCAUUAUUUCUCUUGAUUAAACCAAAUGAUCUGUGUUGGAAAGGAAAGAUCAGCCCAGUCAAAAUGAUAGAGGGAAGGGGCUUGUCCAGUCUUUCUCUGCUGAAGGGAAGAUAUAGUAAUUUGAUUGGCCAGUGAUGUUUUUUAAGAUGCCAUGGCAGGGCAAACCCAGCUGAGCCAAAAUCAGACUCAUUCUGGCUAGACAAGGGGAUCUAGGAGCUGCUCCCUACAGAGCUUGAGAAUGCAAUAGAUGAACUUUUCUUAUUUGCACAGCCAGGGCCGUCAUACUGGAGGACCCUCUUGCUGGCCAAAGCAUGAAGGACAAGGCUGGGGAAUCUAUCAGAACCACACAGCUUGGAGUGGUAUCCACCUUGGCAAAUGCUUUUCUUGUGAUCCCAUAUCUUCUGCCACUCCUGACCUGGAUAACGAUUACAGGCCAUUUUUUCUUGCUUAGCUACAGAUCACUGUAGAUGGCUCACUGAAGCCUGCUGCAAGCUUUAUUGAACAGGAAAGUAGCUGCUGCCCACUUGGAGAAAUGCAUUUGAGUCAAAUGAAGAAUUAUGGUAGUCACUUAUUCAUGUGUGACUACCAUAGCUGAGCACCUUGGAGUGUGAGAGCAGAUCAGAUGUGUGUGUAGUCACUGAGCAUGCUUGGCUUCUGUCGGGUUUAGUGAAUCACUUGUGUAUUUUAAAGGCUGAUCACCUGGAGGCUGAAUGUGAAUGCGCAAGUACUAUUGAAGUACAAUAGUCUCUGAGCCUUUCAAGUUUUUUGUCCCCACAGGUCAUGAGCAAUUGGACCUGUAGUCUUAUUGGCCCAUUCCAGAGAGACUACUGAGCCACAAAGGUCUGAACAUUUCUCAGUGGGUCAGCUCCACGGGUCCAAUCUCCUUUUAGUACUGUUAUUGUGAUUUAUUGUUGUUUAAUCUGUCUUAAGUUUGUAUAUAAUGGACAAAGGAUUGGGAAUCAGCAUGGCUGAGACCGUAGGUGGGGGGAGGCCCUUGUAAAUGAUAGACGUAAGCCAACAUGUAGCACUGAAAAGAGUCAGUUGAUGGAGAACGUGAGUGACUCCUCUCACAUGGAGAGAGAUGCACAAGAAGGGAUUGGGUACAGAUGAGUGUGGCAUAGAUGGUUGGGGGGAAGGGGAUCCAACUGGAAGUAUCCCAGCUCUGAGCUCAAAUCAUGGCUUGUGUGCAUAUGAGUCCUUCCAAAGUUGCUAGCAGCUGCUGGGAUGCAUCUUAGGAGAAAAUUUAGCCCCUGCUCCAAACUCUCUUAGACUACUUAAGGGAGUCUUGCAGUUUCAGUGAUAGAAGGAAAAAAUAGGCCAGACUUUCACCUGAUGUAACUCCACUGAUUUAUAGCUUAUCCCAGGGCUGGAUCUGGUCCUAUGACAUCCUCUUGCCAUGGAUACAUGUGUAUGCUGGAUUGCUACCAGCCUCCUGCCUGCAGACUGUCCCAAAGGUGAUUUCCUCUCUGUGGUCAGGUUAAGUGUGACUCCUACUGUAAGGGAAUGGGCAAAGCAACACAUUUCAGUGAGGUUAAGAGGAUACUCCCGAUGUGUCUGCUGUUCUGGUAAUUUUCCACAUGUCCAUUCUUAUCCCAUAGGAAAUGAAAGCUAACUCAGGGCAGCUUUGCCGUGCUUCAUUAAAGGCUAGGCUGCUUUGCUUUAGUUUUUUCUUAGCACAGGAUAAGAGCAGACAUGCAGGCAGCUAAUGUGGAAUAUUCUCUUACCUGGCUGUACCUUUUUUUUUUAUUCCUUUGUCCAUACCCAAAGACUAAACUGUGAAAUAAGUGGCAUUCUCCUUAACCUGUGGGGUAUCAUAUAUUAAGCAGAGCCUCUUAUGAAACCAGGGCAUUGCUUUGCCAACAGAUAAGGAGUUAGUCCACUUCUUCUGCACUACAUUUCCCAGUAAUCCCAAGUCCUUUCUUCUGUCAUUUUUAAACCAAGUUUGUGUUCAUACCUUUGCUCAAAGCACUUUAAUACCAUGAUUAUCUGUAAUUAAUAAAAAACGUAUUUAUUAUAAUAGAUUUGCUCUGUUAAAAUGGCAGUCACAUUGUAGACGAGGUUGCUUUUUGUUUUUGUUUUUUCAAUAAAAGCCAAAAUUUCUCAAUAGAA